CCAAGGCGUCGUCGGUCAAUGAAACCUCAAACGUACUAGACCUGCAAACAUUUCACACUCCUGAGAUCCCCAAGUCAUAUAAGAGAGUCCGAGUCGCCCGUGUAUUCACCUUCAUUCAAUUAUUCAUCCCCGCUCACAAACAAAACAUUACCAACUUCGUCACGUCAAACUCGAGACUUUUGGUCCAAUUCCACAAAAUGAAGCUUAUCACCAUUCUCAUCCUCUCCGCCACGGCGGUGCUUGCCGCCCCAGCACCUGCUCCUGCCCAGGUCGAAGCCCGAGCCUGCCCGGAGAACCCUGAUGACUGCCUUUCGACAUUCACAUGA